AUGGGAACGCCGACAAUCGUCCAGUACGAGAUUGGAGCAACAAUUGAUCGUUAUACGGUUUCCAUUCGUUCUAAAAGUUUUGAAAAGUCGCGUUACAAGAAUUUCUCAUUGCCUGAAAAAGAUCAAAUGCGAAAGCAAUUCAGGUAUUUAAAAAACUGGGUGAAGGCGCUUUUGGUGCGGUUUACGGGGUAGAGUACCAUUGAAGUUAAAAAAAAAGUGAUCAAAUAUUCAGGUGCGUGAUCAGUCAGGAAAAGAAUAUGCUAUGAAGGCGGAAAGUUGCAGUGAGAAAGUUCCGGUGGGUCAGUCGGCUUUCAAACAGGCUCAAACGACUUUUGCAGCUACUAAAGUUUGAACUGUACGUCAUGAACAGGCUAAUGGCAAGACAAGCUAAGCACGUUCCUAGUUUAAUAGGUUUUUUCUCAAAAGUCUAUCGAUUAACAGAAUAUCUCAAGAUAAAGGUCGAUUCGAACAAUGUAACUACGUGGUCAUGAAGUUUCUUGGCAAAUCCAUGCAAGACGCCAAGAAAACAGGCCCCGACAACCAUUUGUCCCCCGGCUGUGCCAUCGGAGCGUCCAUUCAAUGUCUGGAGGCUCUCGAGGAGAUGCACUGGUGUGGGUUCUUGCACAGGUUCCUUUCAAAACAUUCAAAAGAGAAGUGAUAAGAAAAGAAAAAAAUAAUUUGCUAAAUUUAUCAACUAUCCCAACUUUGCAGAGAUGUUAAGCCAGGAAAUUUCGCGAUAGGAAGGAAAGAUUUCGGGGAAGAAAGGAAGAUUUAUGUGCUGGACUUCGGCUUAUGCCGGAGGUAUGUAGACGAUCGGGUUCGUUUCUGGCAUCCGAACUGACAUCUGGGACAACUUGAGAACGUGAUGGUGCAGCCGCGGAAGAAAGCUCCUUACAGGGGCACGCCCCGGUAUGCGCCGAUUGCUUCGCACGAGUACAAAGAACAUGGACGGCGCGACGACGUUGAAAGCUGGUUUCCUAGCACCUGAGGCGAAACUUAAAGAUCUAUAGGUUCUACAUGUUAGUAGAUUUCACGAACGCCGCGCUGCCUUGGAAAGUUGUGACAGAAAUAAAAGAUGUCGGUGAAAUGAAGAAAACUUCUCGUAGCCAGCCUCUCCUCUCACAGUUUUUCACAGGAUGUCCUUUUUCGGAGUACAAAACAAUUUUAGAGUGAGUAAGAAAGUCUUUUUCUCUUUAUCAUUUGUGUUUUGCAGCCACAUCGACAGUCUCACAUACUUUUCGGAGCCAAAUUACAAACUGAUUUACUCCACACUGCAAAAUGCCAUGAAAAAACUCAAAGUCACCGAGUUUCCGUAUGAUUGGGAAAAAUGAAUAAUAAACGUUUUAAUUAGUUUUCGCUUUCCACACAAAUUUUAUGAGGGACGGUAUGCAAGAGUUGUAUGCGGAUCAAACUCCGUACCCUACGCAAAAAAAACAUUUCACUUUUUUUGAUGGUACGAUUUUAUCUCAAGUCCGCAAAUCUCCGGAGCCGUUAUCUCAGAGUACCGUAAUCUCAAGGCCCAUAAUCUCCGAAACCACUUAUCUCCGAAAACAAAAAACUUCGAUUUUCUUUGUCUUUUUUGCAUUUUGUUUUUGUUUUUUUCUUGUGUUGUGCUCAGAAUACAAUCUCCGAUCCAAAUUUUUUGCCGGACCCUAAUUAUUCAUCAAAUUUCCACUUUUAUUGAGAAGCUGAACAAUUUUAAGUUAAGCCACUUCGAAGUUCGAGUUUCACUCUUUUUUUCUUUGCUUUCCACAUGAAAAAGUUAUCAGAGAAGCUUAAGAACAAGAAAAAAUUGAAAAAAUUAUCAAUUUGAAAAAUUGAAAUUAUUUUCACUCAGUGGAAAAAAUAAAAAAAGUUUGAAAAACGAAAAUAUUUGGCUUUCGUACGCAGUUUCGGUCGGAGAUUGUAUUCUGAGUACAACACAAGAAAAAAAAGAAAAUAAAAUGCAAAAAAGAGAAAGGAAAUUGAAGUUAUUUGUUUUCGGAGAUAAGUGGUUUCGGAGAUUAUGAGCAUUGAGAUUACGGUACUCUGAGAUAACGGCUCCGGAGAUUUGCGGACUUGAGAUAAAAUCGUAUCAUCCUUUUUUUUUGUCUAAUUUUAAUUUUUUAUAGCAUUUUAUAUGUGUGUAACAGAAAAACGAGAAUCGAUUUCAGGAUUUGAAAAAGAAGUUUUAUUCCUUUUCCGGUACUGUACUACAGAACGUUUAUUUUUUUUGUUGGGAUCUUUUUGCGAUGAUUUUCUCAUGUGUAACGCGUUAAAUUUCCCGAAGAAAAUCGUAAAAACGACUUCAGAUAUUAAAUUAUGGUUGAUUCACUACUGGCUUGAAAAAUUUAAGAAAAUCUCGUGUCACAUGUUUUCGAGUCACAAGCAAGUCUUGAGCAGGUCAUGUUUGUAUGUUUAUACAUUUUAUUUCGUUUUUUUGGUAGAAGCUAUAGAGUUUUUUUCUCUACUCCAGCAAAGUCAUUCAUGUUCAAAAUUGGGAAGGGGGGGGUACAGCAGAGGAGAAAUCUUGCAUGACUUUCAUGGUUGACUAUAUUCGAAAAUAGUUCUUUCCUUAUUUUUGACGUGGUUGUGCUUUCAAGGAUAAUAUUUUACAGAUGACGCUGUCUUAAUUGAGUCUUUGGAAACGUCAGGGUAUGUACAAACGAAGUUCGAAAAACAAGUUUUUUGUAUCUUCAAAUCAAGCUCGUUCUGGGAAUUUUCUUCACUCCAAGUUAAAACCUCUGGUUAAAUAAGAAUUUAUUUAAGGUUCGAAAUAUGGUUAGGAGAUAAGGAAAAAGAAGCUGAGGAACGAAAUAUGAAGAAAAAAAGGAGAACCGCUUCAGACGAUAGAGUAAUUAGGUAAUAUGACAAGUCAGAAAAAUUUUUACUUUUUUUUCAGAAGAUCGCAAGCGGCUGGUAGUGACUCGCCACCCGAAAAACAGAAAAAAACAGAAUUUCCCGAGAGAGUUCCGCCUAAGGAAAUCCCAGAACAAGCGGAACAAGUUCUUUCUGCUGAAAACCCAGUUACAGAGGAGGCUGAGGACAAUGGCGAGCCGGAGAGAGAAGAGAUCAAAGACGGAAUCGAUAUAGGUAUUAACUAGAAUCAAAAGAAAAAAGGAAUAAGAAACGCUACCAAAGUUUUUUUCAGAUUUUUUCUCAUCGAUAGGCUUGAUGCCUAAAAUUUACUGGGUCGAUCAUUUAUGUGAAGUGAAACGACAAAACAAAAGUGGGUCUUGAAUAGGAUAACAGCUUUUUAAGCGAAAUUCUCGCAGAAAACAUGGAAAGCGCCAGGCCCGGAGAUUUUGAUUUUCUCUCGCCGCCGGUAGUUCAGUACAUCUUCACGAUUUGCAUCAGGCUCCGACUUCCUCAUGAUGUUCGGUACACCGCCGCCUUGCUUUAUUCAAAGUUUAUUUUUCAACGAAGUUCAAGAAAUAUUUUCAUCUCGAGGAAUUUAUCGCCUGUUUAAAAAAACAAAAAAACUCCUAAAUUUUUUUUUCGCAUGUUGUUUUGUAACUGGUCUAAAGACGCUCUACUCGAUGCCUCAAGCUGUGCGAGUCAAGUUUUUUUCUUGAAAGCUUUUUUUUUAAAAAUGAGCUUCAUUUGAAAUUGGAAAGUUUUUUUAUUAAAUUUGAAAUUAGUUUCUUUUCCAAUAUUUUUUUGACGCGUUCACUGGAUAGACCUUUUCAAGAAAUUUAUGUUCUUACUUCUGAAAUGGUUAUAGGGGAUUCGUUCCUUGCUGUGAUGUUUAAAGUCGCAUCAAAUGAUUCCAUAAUGUUACCUAGGAGAAGCACAAUUUCAAGGGUUGUUUUGAGUGACCCAAGAUGCCUGAUCGGUUAUAACUUCUUUUAAAGAUCAGAGUGAAAUAAAUAUUCAAUAUUCAAAGAUUCUUUAUUUGAGGUUCAUGCGCGUCCACAUGCUCAGUUUGCACCAUUUCAUCUGCCAGCAAAAUAUGAGCGAAGCGAAAAAAAACGAGCACUGGGAGGUUGUCGAAACGAACUCGACGAGGUCAGGUCUCAUCUUCACCCAAAAACUCUUUCUCCAGGCAAAUCCCGUUGAGAGUCUUGACAGCCAUCCAGAUUUCCAGCAAAUAUCACAGCUACCACGAUGUGAGUCACUCGCCAAUCCAAAUCUUCCUGGAAAACUGAUUUCAAAUUUGAGAGUUUAUCAUCUCGACAAGUCUCAAACUGUCUGCGCACUCUCGGUUUCCCGUACACUGUAGGAGCCGUCCUCAGUUCCGAAUUGCGUUUCACUCGGGCCAUCAAAUAUCAGUAAUUCAACCAUUUUUCUUGGAAAUUUUUAACCAUUUCGCAGAGUUCCCGUUACACCAUUGGCUCACUGUGAAAUGUUGAUGAAAAAUGAUAGGUGAGUUCAAAAUUGUUGUAUAUCAGGGAAACUUUAAAAAAAGAAAUUGCCAGCAAAUUCAUUUUUUUCAAGUGAAAAAGAAUUACUUUUUCUAAAAAAAGUCAGUACUAAUAUUUGAAAAAAAGAUGUGUGGGAAAUUUUUUUAAAGAUAAUUUUUUUCCCAUAAUAUCCGUGAAGCUUGGUUUUUUUAAUCGAAAAAGACGAAUUGAAUAUCGAUUUCGCCUUAUCUGCAGUGAACUCCAUGAUGAAGCGUGAUUGGUUGAACAGCGAGGCCGACAUGAACAUCAUCUGGCAGUACAUUCUCGUCAUUUUGGACUUUGCUAUUUUGCAAAAUGAAAAGGUUUUUCGAAAGUAUUUCAAAUAAACUGUGAACAUUAUUAUUGUUUUCAGUUGUACGAAAAUUUCCUCAAAGUCUCGAAAACAUCGCUGCGAAAAUAUGCUACUAAAGAGUUAGUUUUUUUUUUCUUACUGGGGGAAUAGUGGCUGCACUAUUUUGAAAAAAAGCUGAAACCCUGGAUCAGAAAACACAAGUAAUCUUUAUGUUCUCCCUUACCUUGGUUAGUGCGAUACGUGGAGAUUUUUCAGAUUCAUCACAGUUUUUGACUAAUUACAAGAAUAGUGAGCGAAUAAGAAUCGGCUAAAAUUUAGCGGAAAGUUUGAGAACCCCGGCUUUCCGUUUACUAAAUUUUUUUCUAACUUUCGCCUUUUACGCGAGUUUUGGCGCUUUGAUUACGCCAAAUAAUUUUUCUCCAGCCCAUUUCAAACGCGAAAAAUUUUGAGCGUUUUUUGUUCAAUAAAUAUGAGAAACUCCGAGUUUUUUCUUCCUGGAGAAGUUUUUUUACUGGGAUUUUCAAUCAUAAAUAGUGAUCAAGUUUUCGUAUGUUGACGUUUGAGAGAGGCGAUGGCGCAUGAAAGAGCCGACUUUCUGCUUUUGUCCGGAGCCGUAAUUUGUGUCGCGAUCCGUUGCGUUCUCUCAAACGAGAAGACAACAGAUACGGUAAGUGUUCUACUUUUUUAUGAUCAGUUUUUCUAUUAGAUUUUCAGGUUCUCGCCAUUUUGACGAGAGUAUUGGACGCCACGCAGAACGACCUGAAAGGUUUGUCUGUCGCUCUCUGGGACACCAUUGCUCAGAUGAGUUCGCAGCAAUAA